GCGCGGGAGCCUGCGCGCGGAGCGUCAGCUCUGCGCCUCCGCCACGACCCGCCACGCACCUCCAUCAACCCGGCCCGGGGCCCUGAACCCCACCGUGUGUCCGGGAGCCUCGUGGCACGACGGCGCUACUUUCCUCGGGUCGCGAGUGGGACUGGGACCGCAGCGGGACAACUUGGAAAACUUCUCUUGGACGGCCUGCGGGGACUGUGGGAUGGGGAUGUAGGCGGGCAGUGGCUGGCCCCGGGGCCGCAGACCUCCCAGGCCGCGUCCGGCCAGAUCCUGGCACCACAGAGCCUUCUGCGCUACCAGGGGGACGACCCCUUCGUGUGGUCCAGCCAGGGUGGCCCUCUCUCCUGUGGUGCGUGCGUUUGGCGAGCUGUGCUCUCCCUGGCCACAUCUGGCCCCACCAUGGACCACCAGGAGCCCUACUCCGUGCAGGCCACGGCCGCCAUCGCGGCGGUCAUCACCUUCCUCAUCCUCUUCACCAUUUUCGGGAACUCACUGGUCAUCCUGGCUGUGUUGACCAGCCGUUCCCUGCGCGCCCCACAAAACCUGUUCCUGGUGUCGCUGGCGGCCGCUGACAUCUUGGUGGCCACGCUCAUCAUCCCUUUCUCGCUGGCCAAUGAGCUGCUGGGCUACUGGUACUUCCGGCGCACGUGGUGCGAGGUUUACUUGGCGCUCGACGUGCUCUUCUGUACUUCGUCCAUUGUGCACCUGUGCGCCAUCAGCCUGGACCGCUACUGGGCGGUGAGCCGCGCGCUGGAGUACAACUCCAAACGCACUCCGCGCCGCAUCAAGUGCAUCAUCCUCACCGUGUGGCUCAUCGCAGCCUUCAUCUCGCUGCCGCCCCUCAUCUACAAGGGUGACCAGGGACCCCAGCCCCACGGGCGCCCCCAAUGCAAGCUCAACCAAGAGGCCUGGUACAUCUUGGCCUCCAGCUUCGCGUCUUUCUUUGCACCCUGCCUUAUCAUGAUUCUUGUCUACCUGCGCAUCUACCUGAUUGCAAAACGCAGCAGCAACCGCAGAGGUCCAAGGGCCAAGAGAGGCCUUGAGGAUGGUGAGUCUAAGCAGUCUCGUCCUGCCCCUGGGGGCCCCCCAACCUCAGCCAAGGUGCCAACCCUGGCCUCUCGUCUAUCUUCUACUGGAGAGGCCAAUGGAUGCCCCAAUCCUCCUGGAGAGAAGAACGAAGGGGAGACCCCAGAAGAUCCGGGGGCUAGGGCCUUGCCACCUAGCUGGCCUGCCCUUCCCAAUUCAGGCCGGGGCCCGAAGAAGAGCAUUUGUGAGGCAUCUGUGGAGGAAGCUGAGGAGGAAGAAGAGGACGCUGAGGAGGAAGAGGAAGAGGAGGAAGAAGCCUGUGAACCUCAGGCAGUGCCGGUGUCUCCUGCCUCCGUACACAGACCACCCUUGCAGAAACCCCAGGGUUCCCAGGUGCUGGCCACCCUUCGUGGCCAGGUGCUCCUGGGCAGGGGUGUGGGUGCUAUGAGUGGGAGGUGGUGGCGUCGCCGGGCACAGCUGACCCGGGAAAAGCGGUUCACUUUUGUGCUGGCUGUGGUCAUCGGUGUCUUUGUACUUUGCUGGUUCCCCUUCUUCUUCAGCUACAGCCUGGGCGCCAUCUGCCCACAGCACUGUAAGGUGCCCCAUGGACUCUUCCAGUUCUUCUUCUGGAUCGGUUACUGCAACAGCUCUCUGAACCCCGUCAUCUAUACCAUCUUCAACCAGGACUUUCGCCGUGCCUUCAGAAGGAUCCUUUGCCGCCAGUGGACCCAGACAUCCUGCCCCCCCCCCCUUUCCCCAGAGAGCAGGAAGCCAGCUUUCUCCUUUUCCCAAGAGGUACUGCUGCUAAGGAGGAAGAAAUGAAACUGUUCACCUGUCUUGGGCACCAGAAUGGGGAUUUAUAUGAUGGUUUUGUCUCUGCGCCCUCCAUUCCCCCCUACCUUCAGAUUGUGGCUCCUUAGAAGAUCAGAACUGUGGAUUGGUUUCCUUACCCAGCACCCUUCUGGGAAGCAAGUGGGCAUGUUGCUGCAUCUAGUGAGGUGGUCUGGGGGGGUCUAGCCUCUGCUCCAGUGGAUGAUCCUCAAACCCUGGCAUUCGCCCCUUGUCAAAGCCAGGGCGACAAUUGCUUUGCCGCCUACUUGCUGCAGGGAGAUGAAAGCUCUGCAGAAAGCUUUGAGCUCCAUGGGGGAAUGCACUAGCGAACCAGCAAAUGUCAUUAUCUGGUGAUAUAAAAAUCCCUUUUCUAUGUGUUUACCACCACCCGCCUUCCUGCAGACUUUUGUUCUGUGCCUGGGGUAUGAAUUCCUACCCCAAACGGGAAGCGAGGAGUAGCACACAGAAUCACUAUUUCAAGUUUCAGGAUUUCUUUAAGAACAUGCUCUUAUGCCUGCAAAGGUUUGAGUUAUUAUGCUGGGUGACAGCUUCUCAACAUGUUUCUUGCAACACCAAGAGGGUUUUCAGUGAUUUGGCCCCUACCCCAGUGGGAGAUAAAUCUUUUGUCAUCAAGCAAGGAAAUUGUUUCCCCAAGACAGCUAAAAAUACCCACACCACGGAAGCAGUCUGAGAUAACUUCAGGUGGAGGACUUGGGCAGGGCCUCGGUGGACUCCUGGAAGAACCACUUGCUACAGUGCUCUGGCUCUGGCAGGUCUCUGCCUUGUAUGGGUCCUUGUAAAAUAUUACUAACUGCACCCCUGGUGGGUGGUUUGCUGGCUGUCUGUCUAGGACCCUGCAGUGAUGGGGCUGUACACCGAGGAGCCUUUUCCUCCUGCUUCUCCCUGCACCCCAGAUCUUGGUAUUUGGAACAACUGGGAGCAUGAGGGAUGUUUCUCAGCCUUCUCCGUGGGCUGCUCUGGCUUCAGCGCUGAGCAGCAGACCUCUUAGUAUUGGGGAAGGGUGGGCUGAGCACCUGGAUGUUGGCAGCGUAUGCACCUGCUAGAUCUGGAAGGGUGCUAAGGGAGUUUUCUGGAGUGGAGAGAAUGAUGUUCAAAGAGUCCUUCCAGAGGAAGAAGGCUGCCCAACUUGGUCCUCAGUGGGUGGUGGCUGUCAAGCAAGGACACUGGCCUGGGGUAUGGUUGGGGGGUUGGGUUCAGGGGAAGGGACUGCUUUGUGAUCAUCUGCCGACAAUCAUGUGUGUACCCUCAGGGGGAUGUGGCCUGUGGCCCCCUUGGGGUGACAUGCAAGGUUAUUUUUUUUCCAGAAGUUGACCUAUUUUAUCAAUAAAGCAUAUUUUGGAAUA